UUCUGGAACUUCUCCAAGUUCUUUAGGGAAACUAAUUAAUAAUAGUACUAAAAUUAAAAAUAAGCUAACUACGUUUAUGAUGGGUUUCAUGGGUCUCAUUUUUGGUUCUUACGAUAAUUAUUCGAUAAUUAUUCUAUACUAACUACCUUUAAAUUACUUGUAAAGAUGAGAUAAUCAGAAACCUUAAAUUAGAACGGGUAAAUUAAUUGGACCGAUUGGAUUGUGCGGGAUAAUCGUCUUUGCGACUUCUAUGCAUAAUAACAAAUUAACAAACUCUACUUAAAAUAUUAUUUUUUUAAUAAAAAUAUCUUAAAAAAAUAUCUUAUUAAAAAAAAAAUGGAUCAACGUCAAGCACCAGAAUUCACCAUAUCAAGAAAAAAUUCUGCUUCGACAGCGGGUACCUCAAAAAGACCAAAAGUGACUAAAUCAUAUUCAACGCCUAUCAAUGCAACAGGUAGAGGUGGUAAACGUGGUGGAGCUAGUGCUGCUUCUACUCCAAAAACUGGAAGAGGCGGAGUUGGCUCACGUGGGGGCUCCACAAGAGGGAGUUCCGCACGAGGUAGAGGAAGAGGAAGUGGUACUGGAACUGGUGUUAGUGGUGGUCGUAAAUUGAGUUUACAAAGAGAUUCUUUUACCGGAACGGCUACAACACCAGCGUCAAGUACUUCACCUUCUACACCUCGCGAUGCUUAUUUUUCCAUACCUCCUACACCUGCUUCAGAACUUGAUCAAUAUAUACUACAUGAUAAUGAUCUUAUUGAAGGAGGCAGCAAAGUAAAUGAUAAUAAUAAAGAAGGUGAGGAGGAAGAAGAUGCUGAUGAAGAAUUAGGUGGAACUGCAAAUACUGAAUGGAGUCAAACAAGAUCCAAAGAGGAACUUAAGUAGGGGAAUAAAAAAAUACAUAUGGGAAUUUUUUAAAAUAAUAUUAACUAAUUUUUUUUUUAGGAUGUUAUUGGAUAACUUCUCUGAAGAACAAUUGAAACGAUAUGAAGUUUACAGACGUUCAGCGUUGAGCAAACCAAAUGUUAAAAGAAUGGUUGGGCAAAUACUUGGACAUCCAUGUUCACAUAACAUGUCAAUAGUUGUCGCC